AGAAGAAGGCGGAAGAGGAAGCGGAAGCGGUGCGUGUUGUUGGGGCGCUAGCGCACCGUGCAGCGACGAGGCGGUUCGAUAGGAGAAGGAACAUAGAAACAUGGCACCUGUCUCUGCCCGGUGCCUUUAGCUAACUCAAUGAUCCGAGCGACGUGUGUCAUUGGGACGAAGCCGGAAACAGCAGCGACGCUGUGCUAGCUUCCAGCUAGUGAUAGCACAGGCAGCAGCCAUGGCUGAGGCCGGAGCCCACCUCACCUCCACUGCCGCCCCCGAGCAGCCGUCCAUCUUCGAGGUGCUGGCCCAGGAGUCUCUGAUGGAGGCGGUCCGACCGGCACUGAGGCACGCCGUCAAGGUUCUGGCCGAGUCCAACCCAUCCCGCUUCGGCCUCAUGUGGCGACGCUUCGACGAGCUCUACCUGCUGCUCGACCUCCUCCUCCAGAACCACUUCCUGUCCCACUGCGGCGCUUCCUUCUCCGAGAACUUCUACGGCCUGAAGAGAGUGUCGAGGCGGCGGGGGCUCCCCGUUGGCGGGACGACCCACUGGCGUUCUCUGCUCCUCCUGUGCCUGGCGCCUUACCUGCGGGCCAAGCUGGAGGCGACGCUGGCGCGGCAGCGGGACGAGGAGGACUUCUCCAUCCGGCUGGCUCAGACCCGCAGCCAGAGGCUGUACCGCGCUGCCGUGGUGGCGUACCCCUACGUCAGCUCCGCCUGGCAGGCCUGGGCCUUCUGCCAGCAGCUGCUCUUCGUCUUCGGGGGCGCCGGCACCCACAAUCCUUUGCUGUGGCUGGCCGGGGUCCGACUGGCACGACUGAACGCUCGAGACGUCCGAGACAUGGAGCUGAAGAGCAGCAGAACGGGCCGCCCAGCCGAGGGGAGCGCGGCGCAGAGAGCGUGGUGGCUGGCGGCGGGGGCGGCUCGGGGAGCGGCAGUGUCCCUCUCCAGCUCCCUCUCGCUGGGCGUCUUCUUUCUGCAGUUCCUGGAGUGGUGGUACUCCUCGGAGAACCGGGACACCGUGAAGAACCUGACCUCCCUGCCCGCCCCCCCGCCCCCUCUCCACCUGCGGCGGGACUGCGGGAAGGACGAUGGGCCCGGCGGCGGCGCGGACUGCCCGCUGUGCCGCGGGCCACGCACCAACGCCACGGUGCUGUCCACCUCCGGCUUCGUCUUCUGCUACCGCUGCGUCUACGCAUACGUGAAGGCCAACCGCCGCUGCCCCGUCACCGGUUACCCCACGGAGCCGCAGCACCUCGUCAAGAUCUACGCACCGGAGGGUUAGCGCGCGCACACUGUGCCGGACGCUGAGGGACUGGAAUUGUUUUUAAAAGGGACUCGAGAAUCAGCGAGUGUCUGUUGAAGUACGGUUCUCCUUUUUUUUUUAAAUAAGCACAUUUUUUGUAUAAAUGAUGCUUGCUGUGUACAUACUGGUGAAUGAAUACGUCAGUGGUACCAGGUGAUUUAUACGUAAUUGUGUCUCUGGUUAACUUACCAUUGGAGGGACCCUUUUUAUUAAUGGUGAUUACGAUGCUCCAAUUUGACAAAUUUUGUCAAAAAUAAAAUAAUUUUGGGUUAAAAUAGUGAUUACCGGUAUCUUUAUUUUACUGGCUUUUUUCUCAAUUCAUCUGUCGGUCCAAAGAACGUGAGAAACCUCAUGGGAAAUGUCUUUGACCAAAUCUUGUACCUUUUUGAGAACCAGCUGCAAACUGGAGAUUACAUCUUUUAUUUCCACUUGA